AUGAAUCCUACCCAAAUUCAAGGUUGUUUGGCUGGUAUUGAGCCUCUAAAUGGCACAAACUACCCCAACUGGAGGUCGCAUCUGGAUAUAGUUAUUGGUUACUUGGAGUAUGAUAUUUCUUUAAGAGAUUCAAUGCCUCAAAAGCCUGUAGAUAAUUCUAAUAGAGGUGAAAAACAGAAUUACUACAAGUGGGAAAAGGUAAAUAGAAUGAGUAUUAUGAUCAUUCAAGGUUCGAUUCCAGAUGCAACUCAAGGUGGAAUUCUGUUGAAAGAUACGGCUAAAGAGCUGUUAGAUGUUAUUAAGUCUCAAUUUAUGGGUUCGGCAAAGUCUAUGGUUGGUACUUAUAUGGGUCAGCUGACAUCAAUGUGGUAUAGUGGAGAUGGCAGUGUUCGAGAUCACAUACUUCAAAUGGAAGAUCUAGUAUACAAGUUACGAGGUCUAGAUAUAAACCUAAAUGAUGAUUAUCUAGUGAAACUCGCAGUAAAUUCACUUCCAAAACAGUUCGAGACUUUCAAUAUCAACUAUAAUACGUGUGACAGAAAAUGGGAUGCAAACGAGUUAAUUUCUCAUUGUGUGCAAGAAGAGGAAAGGCAUCGACAUGAAACUAAAGAAUACGCACACUUUGCUUCAGCUGGUCCUAGUAAGAAAAGCUUCAAGAAAUCAGGAAAGAACAAAAAACCUUAG